AUGGCAUCGGUGAAGAAAAGAUCGCCUUUAUGGGAAUACUUUGACAUAAGCAGUGAAAAUAAAAAGUUAGCUCUUUGUUUAUUAUGCAAUGUUAAUAUUUCUCGUGGCGGCGAAGGGAAAAAAGCAGGUACUUCUGCUAUGAAAAAUCAUUUAAAAUCAAAACAUCCAGAUGAAUUUAGUGCUUUAAAUAAAGACAAGAACGCUGUUGAGCCUACUACAGUUUCUAUAGCCAUUGCGGGGACAAGUUCAUCUUCAGUAGCAAAAAAGCAAUUGACUAUGACAGAAUCUUACGAAAGGAAAUUGCUCUGGGAUAUAAAUGAUACUAAAGCGAGAAAGUACCAUUAUUUAGUAGCUGAAAUGAUUGCACUCGACAACGAGCCAUUGUCCAUAGUGGAAAGAACCGGUUUUACCAGGCUCUUAGAACAAGCUUUACCCCGCUAUAAAUUGCCAAGCCGGACUUAUAUUACCCAAAAAAUCGUUCCUGAUAUGUAUGACAGAAUUUACGAGAAAAUCAAACGUAACAUUUCGAGUGCCUUCGGCUAUUUCAGUGACAUCUGA